AUGGCGGCGCGCUACGACGACAGCUUCAGAGAGUUUGUGAACCGUGCGGAGGAAAUCGAGGACAACGAAGUCUACAGUAUUGUGCCGCCAUUGCAGAGGAACCUUGGGGAUCGCCAUAAUCCCAUGGAGUUCUGCAAUGAUCAGGAGUUUUUGGCGAGGUACCGUUUCUCCAAGGCAGCUGUGCUCCAGCUGCGCUCCAUGUUGCCGCUGCAUCAGAACACGGACGGACGUGGUUACCCUGUGCCACCGCUGUUGCAACUGCUCGUGACACUCCGUUUUUACGGCGCGCGACCUUUUCAGGUUGUUUCAGGAGACCUGGUUAACGUGUCACAGCCAACUGUUUCCUGUGUUGUCACGCGGGUGUCGAAAAUGAUUGCCGGAACGUUGUUCCCUGCGCUUGUCAAGUUCCCCGACACGGGGAAAAUGCAUGAAAUCAUGCAACAGUUUUAUACGAAGGCCAAGUUUCCGAAGGUAACUGGUUGCAUUGAUUGCACCCACGUGCGUAUCAAAAGUCCAGGCGGAAACGACCCCGAAGUAUUCCGAAACAGGAAGGGAUAUUUCUCAUUCAAUGUGCAGGCUAUCACAGGACCUCAACUUCAAUUAUUUGAUUUAGUUGCAAGCUGGCCGGGCUCAGCACACGACAGCAGAAUUUUUGAUAAUAGCAAGGCAAGAGCUCGUUAUGAAGAAGCAAGUAUACCUGGCGUACGCCUUGGAGACAUGGGGUAUGCUUGCCGACCACAACUUAUGACACCACUAAAGAAUCCUGGAGGCGCAAACAGCCCAUAG